AUGAUGUUUUGGAUGUUGGGACUGCUGAGCUUCCCCCUGGCUGGCGCAAACUUUCAGGAGGAUUUUGCCCAGGAAUCGAAACCCAUUGCCAAGGUGGUCUCACUCCUGGAGUCCAUGUCGGCCAAGUUGGAGGAAGAUCAGAAGGCUGAUGAGGACAUGAAAGAGAAGUUGGACUGCUGGUGCAAGAAAAACAGCCAGGAAAAGCUUGACGCUGCUGAAGCAGCCCGGGAAAAAGUGGAGGGAUUGACCACGCUCGUGAGUGAGCUUGGGCCAAAGAUUGAUGAGUUGGGGACGGAAAUCCGCUCAGCCACACAAGAGUUGAACAAGAACAAGGCAACCUUGGAGACUGCAGCCACCAUCCGCGCCGAGCAAGUGAAGAACUUCAAAGAGGAUGAAGCUUCCUUGACCGAUUCGAUCAACGGCGUCGAGAAAGCCAAAAUUGCUCUCAAUGCAAGCUCCACUGCUGAAAUGCAAUCCGUGUACUCAGCAUCUUUGGUGCAGCAGCCUGAGAUGCGCAAAGUGGCAGACAACUUGCAAAAGGUGCUUCAAGGCCGAGGGGCGGCUUCCUACAGCAAGCUGUCAAACGGCGGCAAGAUGAUUCUAGAUGAUUUCAUCAAAAGGCCUGUGCAAUUCCUCAAGCGCACCUCCUUCCUUCAAAAGUCCAAGGAUCCAUCAAGUUCCUCCAUUGUAGGCAUCCUUCAAGCCAUGGCGGAUGAUUUCUCUGAAGACUUGCAGAAGGAGGUUGAUGAAGAGAAAGCCAAUCAGAAAUCUUACAGCGAGCUGACUGAAGCCAAGACCAAGGAGGUGAAGCUUCUGGAGCAGCAGAUCAUGGAGCAGCAGCAGGAGAAGGCCGAGUCGGAGAGCACCUUGGAGAUCUCAAAGAAGGACAUAAAGGCCAUCACCAAGUCCAGAGAGGCGGAUUUGAAGUUUCAGGCCGCGGUGGAGAAACAUUGCACUGGAAGUGAUGCGAAGUUCCAAGAGCGCACUCAGACUCGAUCCUCAGAGCUUCAAGCGGUGAGCAAAGCUCUGGAAGUGUUUCAAGGUGAUGAGAGUCGGGAUCUUUUGAGGAAAAGUGUCUCUUUCCUGCAGGUCGCAAGUGAGGAUGACCUCACGAAUAAGGCCGCCACCUUUUUGAUGCAGCAGGGACGGAAGCUCGGAGCCCAGAGUUUGGUCACCUUGGGCCUCCAAGGGCAGCUGGAUCCUUUCACCAAAGUCAAGGAGAAGAUUGAAGAAAUGAGUGCAGUCUUGACACAACAGAAGAAGGAUGAGGCCACGCACCGGGAGAUGUGUGUGGAUGACUUGAAUGAGAAUGCACUCUCAACGGAGGACAAGGGCGCGCUGAAGAAUCGGACCGAAGAUAAAAUUCAAUUGAUGGAUGCAAAGAUCAGCAAGUGCCAGAAGGAUGUGAUGUCGCUGAGGUCGGAAAUCACUGAAAUGAAGAAGCAGAUUCAGAUUGCUGGACAGACCCGUCAGAAGGAGAACAUCAAGUUCCAAACAGAAGCUACUGAGCAGCAACAGACACAGGUGAUCUUGAAGAAGGCCGUGCAGUUUCUCAAGAAUUUCUACACCACCGGUGUUUCUUCCAAGUCUUCGCUGGUUCAAAUUCAGUCCCACAACCAUGCAGCUCAAGGGCAGAUGAGUUCCAGAGCCGAACCUGACCUUGGAAAUCCAGAAGGAUUUCAAGACUAUGAGAAGAACACGGGUGGGCAGGGUGUGAUCUCUCUCAUCGAAACCAUUGCAGGGGAUGCCCACAAAUUGGAACAAGAGGCCAUCAAGGAUGAGCAAGAUUCUCAAUCAUCCUAUGAGGACUUUGUCAAGCAGACUGGGACGAACAUCAAAGCAAAGCAAUCCGAGGUGGACGGAAAGAUGAAAGAGAUGGCUGAUGCGAAGAAUGACAAGGCUGAAGCAGAGUCCAACCGUGAAUCUGCUGUUCAAGAGCUCGACCAGCUUGCCGAGGCAAAGGAGGCCUUGCACAAGGAGUGCGAUUUCUUCAUGAAGAACUUUGAAGUUCGGCAGAAGGCACUCACCGAUGAGAUUGAAGCCCUGGGCCAUGCCAAAGCCAUCCUCUCUGGAGACUUGGCGCCUGGCUGCAAGGCGUUGCAAGGCUUGGAGGGAACAUUUCAGAUUGUGGCAGUCAACAGCUUGUCGACCUCAGCAGAACAAAUGGCGCGAGAGCUGUGCACGCCACCGGCAGUGAUCUGGGUGGACUUCUGGAACAGUGAUUUCAAAGAGGGCCUCUCUGUGGAGAUCGAAGACCUCACAGCAGGAUAUGGCACUGCGAAGAGUGUGCUGCACGGGGUCAGCUUGAGUAUUGUGCCACGUACCAAGUGUGCAUUUGUUGGCAAGACGGGCUGCGGGAAAUCCACAACUCUGCUGUGCCUUUUGCGCUUCCUAGAGCCCAGGAGAGGAAAGCUCCUGAUUGGAGGCCACGACACAUCAAAGCUUGGGUUGAAUGCAGUGCGUAGCAUGGUUGGCUUGGUGCCACAGGACCCGACUGUAUUUGAGGGCACUAUCCGCUUCAACAUUGAUCCAUUUGAUGAGUUCCCAGAUGCACGACUCUGGGAGGCUGUGCAGAGCGUGCAGUUGAUGCCAUACAUCCGCACGUUGCCAGAGGGCAUUGACACCCAUAUUGAGCGUGAUGGGAGCAACAUCAGCUUUGGGCAGAAACAAUUGCUGAGCCUUGCGCGCAUGGUGGUUCGCCAGCCUCCAGUACUUCUCUUAGACGAGUGCACCUCAGCCUUGGAUCCACUCACACAGGAAGCCGUGCAGAAAACCAUCCUCAAGGAUUUCCCGAGGACAACAACUAUUGCAGUGGCGCACCGGCUAGAAACCAUCAUGAGCUUUGAUCAGAUUGUUGUGUUUGACGAAGGCGGCUUCGACUGA